AUUCUUAGUUCUCAGUUUGCGCGCACACAACCAACACUGUGCCUCCUCCUCCUCCUCCUCCUUCAGUCGUUCUCUGCAUUCUCUUCAUUCUCUCUCAGUCGGUCGACCUCGCUCACGCGGAGGAACACAAUGCCGCUCUGCCCCGUGGACGACAGUGGGAUGGAAAUCUUCUACAGGACCUACGGCCGCGGCCCUGUCAAAGUCCUCCUCAUCAUAGGAUUGGCUGGGACGCACGGUUCUUGGGGCCCCCAGGUUGGAGGAUUGGCGGGCACCGUCCAGCCCAACGACGAGGUUCUCGGGGCAGCCCUCGACGGAGGAGCUGGCGCUGGUGAUAACGGGGUCGAGGUAUGCGCGUUCGACAACCGCGGCGCGGGUCGGAGCUCCGUACCCACCGACAAGUCGGAGUACACAACAAAGAUUAUGGCGAAAGAUGCGAUUGAUUUACUCGAUCACCUGGGUUGGGAAAGAGCCCAUGUCAUUGGCCAUUCAAUGGGAGCUAUGAUCGCUUGCAAGUUGGCUGCCAUGGUGCCCGGCAGAGUUUUAUCUUUAGGAUUGCUUAAUGUGACUGGUGGAGGUGUUGAAUGUUUCCCAAAGAUUGACAGGCGAACCAUUUCAAUUGCGAUCCGCUUUCUUAGGGCUAAAACACCGGAACAAAGGGCUGACGUUGAUUUGGAUACCCACUACUCAAAGGAAUAUCUCGAGGAAUAUGUUGGAUCUAGCACCCGGAGGGCAGUACUCCACCAAGAAUAUGUAAAAAGUAUUACAACAACUGGACUGCAGUCAAACUAUGGCUUUCAGGGUCAGAUUAAUGCUUGCCGGAAGCACAGAAUGACAAGAACAGAGAUAGAAUUAAUCCGUUCUGCUGGAUUUCCUGUAUCAAUCAUUCAUGGAAGGCAUGACGUUGUUGCUCAAAUAUGUCAUGCAAGGAGUCUGGCAGAGAAAUUGAAGCCUGUUGCUAGGAUGAUAGAGCUUGAUGGAGGGCACCUAGUGAGUCAUGAGAGGAUUAAAGAGGUUAAUGAAGUUCUUCUCGAGCUGAUCAAGGCAUCAGAAAUGAAGGUUGUCCACCAUUUUUGGACUGCCUUGCCUAACAAAAGCUCUGGAUUGCCGGAGACAAGUAUGUCUGUUGCAAGAACACAUGCUGAGGGAGAAUUACUUACGUGUCUUGCUGAUGGCAUUAUCGAAAGGAUAAAUUUCUUCCUUUGGCACUUUUUUGGUUGGUUAAUAAUGGGAUUUGAGUCUGGAAGAAAGGCAAUGGAAUUCCUAAAGCCUAUCAAGGUCCAACCUGCCCUCACAUAUUCACAUAUCUAAUAGUGCGCAGGCAGGACCCUCAGUUGGUAAAGUCAUUUCUGUCUGAGUUUCUUUCACCAGAGUUAGAGUGGCUCCUGUGACAUGAUCCUCUACUGAAAAUAGAAGAAUUUGACUGCGCAAUAAGACUUGACAGAAGUGUCAAGACCGUCCAGAGAGGAAGCCAACUUUUAAGGCAGAUUGCUCUAGGAUAGGCAAAAGAGGGAGACAACUAUGAGAAUUGAGAACCCCUUCCUUUCAACACUGAAGGGUAUUUCAUUGGAGUAUCAGCAAAAUUUGUAACUAUUUGACUAGGAAAAACCAUGUUUCUUGAUUUCCUUAAUGAAUAUAUCCAAUGAAGUUUCUCAGCCUGUCU